GUUAAUCAUUGGUUUCUUUCAUACAUUCGAAUGAAUAGUUGAAGUAAACUACUGAUAAACUCCACUAAUAUGCAUGAUAUAUGUAUAUAUACUACUUAUUAUACUUUAGGACUAUUUCAAUAUGAAACUCUUGAUAGUAAUAUGGAAUGUAUUAUAAUAUGAAUCUGGGAAACUAACUGAACUUACCAAACCUGUACCAUGUUCUUAUUUCAUCAAUAUAUCUUCCUUACUUUAUACUUUUCAUCUUAUAUAUAUUGUAUUGGACGUGGUUUCUUCAAAUCAUCAUCUUCGAAUUCAUAUCAUGAAUGGAAUCCUUCAAAUCAAUUGCCUUCUUCCUCAUCAAUACGAUCUUCAACGUCAUUAUCAUCAGCAUCUAUUUCAUCAAUCCUUUCACCUUUAUCUUAUUCAAGUGAUACAAAUUCAUAUGCAUAUUGGAAUUGUCAUACUAUACCACCUAAUAUGACAUUAUGUAAAAGUGUUGGUUAUUCACGUAUGGUAUUACCAAAUUUUUUAAAUCAUGAAUCAUUACGUGAAGCAAUACAACAAGCUAAUGUAUGGAUAGCAUUAGUUAAUACAGAUUGUCAUCCUGAUAUACAACGUUUUCUAUGUUCAUUAUAUGCACCAAUUUGUUUAAAAAGUCAUCAAGAAUCUAAAAUACCACCAUGUUGGGAAUUAUGUAAUCAAGUACGUAAUUCAUGUUUACCUAGAAUGAAAUUAUUUGGAUAUGAUUGGCCAGAUAUAGUAAAUUGUCAACAAUUUCCACGUUUAGUUGAAAGUAUGUGUAUACCACCACAAGAAAAAAGUACAGCUGUAACAUGUGUACCCUGUGAACAAGCAAUUACUUUAGAAAAUAUUGCUAGUAGUUAUUGUAUGGCUGAUGUAGUUCUUAAAGCUUCUAUAAAAGAUAUGAUCUUACAAUCAAAUCAAGCAUCAAUUAUAUUCAAUUUAACACCUCGUACUUUAGCAUUAAAACUUAUACGUAAUGAUGGUACACAAUUAAGUAGUAUUGAUCAAUAUCGUCGAAAACGUAAUAGUCGUAAAAGACGUAAUCAUCAAUUCAAUAAUAAUAAUAAUAAUAAUCAAAAUGAUCAAGUCUAUCAAUUAAGAACAAUUAGAGAUUUGAAAAAUUCCAAAUAUAAAUAUAUUAAUAAUCAAUAUCAAUCAAAUUAUAUCAAUAAAUCAAAAUUAAUCAAUAUCGAUGAAGGUAAUCAUUGGAAAUCAGAAUAUAAAUUGAAGAUGAAACGACAUCGUAAACCAAGAAAUUCUCAAUUACAUGAUUUAGAUGGUAUAACAGAAUUAAUUUUAAGUUGUUCAUCAUGUAAUCCAUUAUUACCAUUUACAAAUGGACGUUUAAUAUCUACUCUACCUAAUCAAAAAUGGCUUAUUAUGGGUAGACGUAUACAAAAUUUAAAUACAAAAAAAUAUACUAAUCAAUUACAAGUAACUUUCUUAGGUUUAUGGAAUCGUGAAUCCAUUGAAUUUCGUCAAUCCUUAAAUGCUAUACGUAAAGAAUCUAUAACACAAUUAUGUAAUAAAAAUCAACCUAGUCUAUCUAAUCUUGUUCAAUCACAAACUAUCCAACAUCAUCAUUCUGGUAGACCUUUGAAAAUCUUACGUUCAGCUCCAUCGGAACUAUCUGAUUCAUUCAAUUAUUAUAAUCAAAUGAAUAAACCAUUCAAUGUUAACAAACAAAUAACUCCUUCAUUAUCUAAUGUCAAUGUAAAAACUCAAUUAGGUAAUUUUAAUGAUCAACAAUCAUCAUUAAUCACAAAUUACAAUACUACUAAUAAUCAUUAUAAUAGUAGUAAUGGUAAUCUAAACACUAAUGCCAACUUUAAAAUGAAUGAUAUACAAACUACUUAUAUAAAUGAAAUUGAUCAAUUACAAAGACAACAACAACAGCAACAACAUCAUCAGCAACAACGACAACAAGAGAAAACACACAAAGCCAAAUAUCGUGAACGUAGAAAAAAGUGGAAAUCACAAAGGAAUAAAAUUUUAUCAAAAUCCAAUUCACAACAUCAUGAUACAUCAAAUGUAUAUCAUUAUCAAUCACCAAUAAAUCCUUAUUCAGUUUAAACAAUCCUCUACCCUCACCCCCCGCCAACCCCCCCCCCAAGUUUUACAUUCUAAGACAAUUAAGAAUGGUGUAUUGAAACUGUUUGUCAUUUUCGAAAUAAUAAUUGAAUAAUUAGACUCUUAUAUACAGGGUACUCGUAAAGGGUUAAUCUUAACUGAAUACCCUACAAACAAAUUCAUAUAUAUAAUCCCUUUUUGUUUCUUUAAGUCAUUUGUAUUAUUCUCGUUGAUAUUCUCAUUAAUUGUUGAAUAAUGACUUCAUAUAAUGAGAACAUUAUAUAUACAAUCAUACAUACUUACCUAUACGGUAGUUUUUUUUUAUUGAACAUUUAUAUAUAACUCAUUUUGAAAUAAUUUAAUUCACAAAUAUAUGAAAAGGAUAUUUGCCCAAAUUGAACAAAUUCAUUUUGAAAAAUUAUAUUACUUAAUUAAUGAUAUCAGUAGUUAAAUUGAGUUUAUUAAAAAAGAACAGUGAACUAAGGUUACUACCGUCAAUUUCUUUUUCUGUUUAGCUACCUCAUCAUUAUCAAACACACACACAUACAUAUAUAAUUAAUUCCUAAAAAUAAUUGACUAUUAUUUCAUUUGAUUUGUUUAUCUUCAAUUGAACUUUAUACGUUUUGACACAUACCAUAUCAUUGUAAAUUAUAACAUAUAACUAAGUAUAAAAUGAAGAAUAUUUUCU